CCCCCCCUCUAUAAUUCUGCUUUCUUGUUCUUCCCAACAUUUUAUCAAGUCGGAUAAGUUCUAUUAUACCAUCUUGCGACAAAGAUCAACGAGCAACUUUCUAGCCUUUGAUCUAUCUUGCGACUUUUCUCACAUACAACCAACGACCAACACCCCCUCCCUCAUUACCCAUUAUGUCUGUUACCCAACGCUCAGACGAAGAGUUGGACAGGGAAUGGAAGCCCAGCGGACGCCGACCGCAAUCCACCAUGGCUCGCCAUUUCUCUAUCACUCUAGACGAUUUAUUCAAGAUAGACAACAGCAUCGCAGACCUCGAUGCCGCAGUUGACCAAAAGAAGAGACUCGUCUCAACACACACAUCCGAGCUCAAAGCCCUCGAAGAAGCACUCCGCGCGACCGAGGAGCGCCUCAAGGCCACCGCCGCCCUCCCCGAUCGUGCCCCCAGCCCUCGCGCCCGCAAGGCUAUCAGCGGCGACACCUUCGAAAACCCUCAAGACGACAACAACCUGAACGCCCCCAACACCACCGAGAGGCCAAAGACGGCCAGCCGCCCCGGCACGGCUAGAAAGCCCGUCCCAUCCCCUACCCAGAACACAAACCUACCACCGAUGCCUGGCGCACGACCACCUACCCCUGGCGCGAGCGAGAGCGAGAGCGACGAGAGCAAGGAGGAAUAAACCACGACGAGGAAUAUACCACAAUCCGCUCCAACAAACACAUCUAUGUUUCGGGCCCAACGGCGGCGCGGGAUAGAAUGGGAGGAGCACUAUAUAUAAUCUUAUAAUCGAAUGUCGAAAUCUACACUUAAAUAUAUACCCACGAUCGAGCGAAGCACGGGGCAAGUUAUAGGGCAAAGCAGGAGUUUGGAAAUCGGAAGAGGUCAUCAUCAUCACUUCUGGCAGGCGGACGGGGGGGGGAUAGCUUGGAUACUUCUUUUUAUAACACUGUUUUAAUAUUGCAUACAUAAUAGGUCUUUCUCGGGUUCCCUGGGUUUUCGGGACAAACACACUCUUUGGAAAUUUUCAUAAAUCUGUACAUACCAUACCAUAGCGUUGUCCGCUAGUCCCCUAUGUUUAUUUCACUAGAUACAAUGUAAGGGUGCAAUUAUACGG